CAUCUCUGCCUCUACUCCUUCAUAAAUCCAUUGUUUAUAAGAAUGCUGUGCUUGUGUGGUUAUCUAUAACAUUGUAAUUUAUAUCUCAUCUGUUUCGAAAAAGAAUUAUUUUUCAGGCAAAGGUUAUAUAGAAUAAUUGCAGUUGAUGUUAUUUUAAGUUGUUCAAAAAUUUGCUGCUUUGUAUUCAGGGCAGAUUUCUUCACUCCCGUCUUACGUUUAUACCUGGGACGUUUAUACCAGUCUUAACGGUGCGUUAAACUUUGAUGAAACUGAUCAGACACUCAAUCUGCCUGCAUCUACUAGAAUCCAUCCUGGUCCCUUUGGGCGGUGGAAGCAGAGGUUUAAAACAAAUGUCCCGCUCUGUGAAGAAGUCAAAAUCUGGUGUACAAACUGCCGAUAGAAUCAUUCAACGUUAUACCAGACAGAAAACCAUGUCAGAAACAUGUAGAAAUUGGCAAACUGUCUCUUCGUCGGUUCGAUGCUGCCCGAAUGACGUGAAAUUUACGCUUAUGAGCUAUAACAUUCUGGCUCAAGAUUUGCUAGAGUUACAUGCAAACCUGUACGACUUGCAUGAUCGUGUGGCUUUAUCGUGGCCUCACAGAUACGACAGGCUCAUAGCAGAAAUCAAUCUUAUCAGGCCCGAUAUCCUCUGCUUACAAGAGCUGCAAGAGGAUCACCGAGAACAGUUUAGUUGUGGGUUAAAUAAUUGUAACUAUAACAUUAUUUAUAAGAAACGUACCGGUGACAAAGCGGAUGGUUGCGCGAUUUACUACCGCAAAGAUUUAUUUAAUUUAAUCGAUCACCAAGAUGUAGAGUACAAUCAACCAAACGUAAAGCGUUUAGACCGUGAGAAUGUGGCAAUCAUUGCAAAGUUUGGACUGAAAUCUAAUCCCAAUCAACGAUUGAUUGUGGCCACAACACAUCUUCUCUAUAAUCCGCGGCGGCAGGAUAUCCGACUGGCACAGAUUCAGGUUUUGCUGGCAGAGUUGGAUCGGUUGGCAUAUUCAGGUCAUUACGCCAACGGAACACCGAAGUACCUUCCGACAAUCGUGUGUGGGGAUUUAAAUCUCGAGCCCUACUCAGCUCCCUACGUACUUUUGACAACAGGGUUCUUACAGUACGAAAACCUUGCCGCUAAUACACUCGAACCGAGCGACUCUAAACCUUUGUGUGGAAAAGUGUUGCUUCCCUCCAACCUUGGAAUCACCGACGAUUGUCGGCAUGAGUGCUUGCUCGAACGAGUAAACGAGGAGAGUAAACCACGUACCAGGUUGCAUAAUUCUAGCAGUGCAUAUACGCUGAGCCCGGAGCUUCAUCAGAAAUCAAGUGAGAACUUCAGUCGAGGAACUCUGAGACAUUGCUUUCGAUUCUGUUCCGUAUAUAAGCAUAACAUAAGGAAAGACUACCAGGAAGCGUCUACCUUCCAGGGCAAAUGGAUCACCGUGGACUACUUGUUUUACACAAAGUUUUUCAACAUUGGCGAAAAUAGGCUUGCAGAGAGUAACCUUAAACUGGUGGCAACGUAUUCUUUACCGACGGUGCAACAGGCUAAAGAAAUUCACACCAUACCGAAUAUGUAUUUUGGAUCAGACCAUUUUUCGCUGGCUGGACAAUUUUUACUGAGAGCAGAAGUUGAUUUGAAACUGUAAUGAUUUGUUGUUUUGUGCCUAAAUGUUCUAACAAAAUACUCGGUCACUGACCUAGCUUCGGGAUCAAUUUGAAAUGUUUCAAAAUUUUUGGGACGAAAACGUCUUGUUCACUACAGAAACAAUGUAUGGUAUAAGAAACUUUUUGGACGGGGCUUCGAUGCUUGGUAUGUGACGAGAUUUUAACCUCUUAGAAUGUCGGUGCAGUUUGUUUUAUUGUUGUGUUAUAUUGAAAUACAAACUAAAACCAAAAAAGGAAUAUUCGCUAGUUAUUCUAGUUAGUUAUCA